AUGAUCAAAGACAGAGAAGUGGCCAACACCAACCACGCAAAAUACCACUUAAGAAGUCAGAAAGCUGCUGCAGACCCUGUCAGUGUGUUACCUGGAAGUCUGGGAAGGGGAAGCUGGUGUAAUGAACAUGAUACAAUCCAUGAACGCUUAGAUAUCAUUGAGGAGAAGGUAAUAAAAACAGUGGAGCAUCUGGAAUCAGAAGUCAAGUCACUCCUCGACAUCAUCAGUGAGACAACAUCGAAUAUCCCCAUCGCACCAGGAACCCCUCUUAUAGACAUUUUUGAUGGUAAGUAUCUAGUGGGAUAA